GAUUUUGAUGGUUCGAAGAAUGAUACUUCCAGCGUGCACAACUCCUCCAAAACCAGCUUGCCCAAUUCCACUUCCAAAUCAAACUCACUCUACAUUUUCUCCCACAAAACCCAACACAAGCCAAAGCCUCUCCCUGAGACACAUCGACCCCACUGUAGGAUGGACAUAUUCCAUUGCUCACCACUGUCGAAGUGGCCAUUUGGUUGAAGCUGCUUCCGAGUUCGUGCGAAUGAGAGAAGCUGGUGUUGAACCCAAUCACAUCACUCUCAUCACGCUCCUCUCUGCUUGCGCUCACUCCCCCUCACACGCUACUAUCUCCUUUGGGGCCACCAUUCAUGCACACGCUCGAAAACUUGGCUUGGAUAAGAACGUUAUGGUGGGCACUGCCCUGGUUGACAUGUACGCUAAAUGUGGUCGUGUGGGCUCCGCUAGGUUGGCAUUCGAUCACAUGGGUGUCAGAAAUUUGGUGUCUUGGAACACUAUGAUUGAUGGGUAUAUGAGGAAUGGGGAGAUUAAGGAUGCUCUCCAAGUGUUUGAUGAAUUGCCUGUGAAGAAUGCAAUUUCUUGGACUGCGCUGAUUGGUGGGUUUGUGAAGAAAGAUUAUCACGAGGAAGCUUUAGAGUGCUUUCGAGAAAUGCAGCUUGCUGGUGUGGCCCCUGAUUAUGUAACCGUUAUUGCUGUUCUUGCAGCGUGUGCCAACUUGGGCACACUUGUACUUGGCAUGUGGGUACACCGUCUUGUGAUGGCUCAAGAUUUCAGGAACAAUGUUAGAGUUUGCAAUUCAUUGAUAGAUAUGUAUUCUCGAUGUGGAUGCAUAGAGCUUGCUCAUCAAGUGUUUGACAGAAUGCCCCAGCGAACCGUGGUAUCGUGGAACUCGAUCGUUGUGGGUUUUGCUGUUAAUGGGCUUGCAGAUGAGGCCCUGAAUUUCUUCAAUUCAAUGCAGAAGGAAGGGUUCGAGCCAGAUGGAGUAAGCUACACAGGUGCUCUCACCGCGUGCAGUCAUGCUGGACUAAUUGACGAGGGACUCAGAAUCUUUGAUAAGAUGAAGAGAGUUCGUAGAAUUGUGCCUAGAAUUGAGCAUUAUGGUUGCCUAGUGGAUCUCUAUAGUAGAGCGGGGAGGUUGGAGGAUGCAUUGGAUGUAAUUAAGAAUAUGCCCAUGAAGCCAAAUAAAGUGGUGUUGGGGUCAUUGCUUGCUGCUUGUAGGACUCAAGGGGAAGUUGAGUUGGCUGAAAAUGUAACGAAUUAUCUUAUUGAAUUGCAUCCUGAGGGAGAGUCCAUUUAUGUUCUUCUUUCUAAUAUAUACGCGGCGGUUGGAAAGUGGGAUGGUGCAAACAAGGUUAGGAGAAGAAUGAAGGACCGUGGCAUACAAAAGAAACCAGGCUUUAGUUCCAUUGAGAUUGAUUCCAGCAUUCACAAAUUCGUGGCUGGCGAUAAAUCUCACGAGGAGAACGACUGUAUUUACUCUGUACUGGGGCUUCUGUCCUUUGAACUGCAAUUAUGUGGCUAUGUUCCCGAUUCCUCUGGAAAAGAAUCAUAUGAGGAUGGUUAAAUUUUGUAAAUUGAGUUGUACACGUUGUACAAUAACACAACCCGUUAA